AUACCUAUGUCAAUUGUGACUUGUGUCAAAAUGCGCGAAAAAAAUAUUUAUUUAAUAAUAGCCAACUAAGUACCUUAUUUACGACUUAAUUUUACCUUUGAUAUUUUUCAAAAAAAUAUAAGUCCCAUUUAUAUAUAAAUUAUGAGUUCAUUAAAGAAAAUGGUUCUCAAAAGCUUCAAACAAUUACACCGCACUAGAUUAAGAGUUUUUGAUGGAGAUGAACGAGCUUUAACUGCAGCUAGGUUGAGAAUCAAUGAUGAAUACAAUAAAAAUAGAAAUGUUGAAAAUGAAGAAGCAAUAGAGGCGUUGAUUAAAUAUGGAGAAGAUGUCGAAAGGGAACUGAGAACUCAAGUUAUUCAAGCAAAACAAGUCAAACCAGGUGUAUUUGAGGCUAAAAUUACAGAAGACACAGUUAAGCUUGAUAAUAUUCCAUACAACGAUGCAGCAAUAAUAAAUGAUGGUAUAAGUGGAGGCCAACCCUGUUGCCAAGAUCAAGCAAAUAAAAAAUAAAUAUAUAUAGUUACAUAAAAUUUAUGUAGUAUAGUGUACAGUCAUUAGAUAAGAUUAAAAUGUUUUGUUAAAUAAUAAUAUUUAUUUGUUCA